CCUGGGGGACAGAGGUAGACCCUGUCUCAGAGUGGGGGGAAAAAAAAAAAAAAAAACGGAUGUGAUGUACAGGUGAUCUUUUGUGUUUGGAGAUUAUCCAUUUUACCAGAACCCUGCUCAGCACCUCCUGAAGACAGACAUCAGUGUGUGUUUAGGGUCACGGAGAGAAGAGGGGACCCCAUGACUACCCUCAGCCUGGACAAGUUGGAGUCCCAAUCUUGGUGGCUUAGCUGGGCUUUGGCUGUGCCUGUGAGAGCCUCUAGGGAGGGUAUCCUCUUCACUCCCCUUCCCUGUUGGUGACAGCACCUAUAUACCCUUAGAAAGGGGAGUCGCAGGUCCUGCUAUGUCCCCGAGAGCAGCCAAGGGGAAGGUGGGGGGCCUCUCAUUUCACUCAGCCUGAUCCCCCCAUCUGGUGCUCCUCACUGUUUCUCUUCCGCCCCAGGGAGGCCCUUGCCAACUUCCGAGGCUUCUCUAGGGGUGCACGGCUUUGCACCCUGCUCAGCUGCUGGGCUGUGCGGGUCGCUGGGGUCGGCAGGGGGCGCAUUACCGUCAGGGGUAACGUGGGGCAGAGCCCAACAUGGGUGAAUCCGCUGCCGCAACCAUAUCCCUUUUCCAAAGGCGGCGGCGGCGGGGGCGAGGUGGUCGGGACACUUUUCCCAGAGGCCUAAAGGGCAGCGCACGUUCUCUCUCCUCUGGGCCGCCAUUUACCCCGCCAGCGCCCCAGUUCCCCGCGGCGCCCGGCCCCUGGCUGCGCAGACCCCUCUUCAGUCUGAAGCUGUCCGACACAGAGGAUGUCUUCCCUCGCCGCGCGGGGCCGCUCGAGGUCCCGGCCGACAGCCGCGUGUUCGUGCAGGCGACAUUGGCCCGUCCCUCCCAGCGCUGGGGCCUGGCUCUGCACCGCUGCUCAGUGACGCCGUCCUCACGCCCGGCCCCGGGGCCGGCCCUGGCGCUGCUUCGCGAGGGCUGCCCCGCCGACGCCUCGGUCGCCUUUCCGCCACCGCCACCGCCGAGCCCGGGUUCCACCCGCCCUGUGCGCUUCAGCUUCCGCCUGCGCCCAGUCUUCAACGCCUCAGUGCAGUUCCUGCACUGCCAGCUGAGCCGCUGCCGCCGCCUCCGGAGAGUCCGCCGGACACCUGCACCCCUGACUCCCCCGCCGCCAUUGCGGUGUCUGCCUCAGGACGAGGCGUGCGCCGGCGGUGGCAGCGUCGAGAGCCUGGCUGCCUACGGCCCCCACCUGCAUACGCUGACGCAGCCUAUCGUGGUCACCGUGCCGCGGCCGCCCCCCAGGCCGCCCAAGAUCAUCCCUGGCCGCCCCGUGCGCCCUGAACCUCCCGCACCGGCCCCCGCGGCCCUGGAGCCCGCGCCGGUGGUGGCACUUGUGUUGGCAGCCUUUGUGUUGGGCGCCGCGCUGGCCGCCGGGCUGGGCCUCGUCUGCGCGCACUCAGGUACAGACCUCCGCCAUGCCCGCAGCCUAUUCCGGUGCGUCGAGACAGGGGGCGGCCGCGAUCCCUCGUGCAGGGCCUGAUCAGCCUUAGCCAGACCUGCCUCUGCGAAGUCCGCAGCAGCACCCAGGGGUCGCCCUUAGUCUGGCCUGGCGCGCGGCAGCGCUUCUGCAGCCCGCCUCUCCCUUACAGCGCCCCUAGCCCCCGGCGCGCCCACGAGAGCCUCGCCCAGCGGCCCCCAUUCCAGGAGGCCCUAAAGAGGAAGGGAUGAUGCGCCCCCAACAUGACCCAGUGAUGCACCCAGCUACCGCUUCGAGACCAAGACCAACAGGACCGGACCCACCUCCCUGGACCUCGGACCCGAUGGGGCCACGACCCCUGGGCUUCUCUCCUCCCCCUGUUCCUCCCACCUGUGCUCAAAAUAAACCUCUAGACUAAGU